ACCGAACAUUAUUACAUGCCCCUCGCAUGCCUGCUGACAUGACGAAACGAAAGCGCGGGAGCAAUGAAGGAGAGCUUAUCGAUGUCGGACUCGGCGCGACGCUGGCGCAUCUGAGGGGAGAGACCCAGCCUAGUGCGAUGUCGACUGCGGUCGAAGAUGAUGAGGCCUGGACCGUAGCCGGCGGCUCCAAGAGGCGGAGAAAGGAGCGCGCGGACUCUAACAACUCUCAUGGUGGUCGCCGAGGCUCGGGUGCUGGUGCACGAGACGCCGGGCCUGAGGAUACUCGAAAUACAGCAGAUCCAUUCGCUCCUGAUAAAGAGAACCGAGGUGAUCCAACAUCGCCUCAAGAGAACCCCUUCUCUAUGAACAAGGACUGCACCAACGAUUCGUCCAAAGACACAAGCGCAACAAAGGAGGAGCGCCGCAAAGAGCGAAAGCUUGAGCGGAAUUAUCCGGCCAUCGAGCAUUCACAUCAUGCUCGGCUACAAUCGCACGUGAAGAUCACAGAUCUACAAGCUUUGGUGCUGUACCUACUUGCAGACGGAAAUGCGCCUCAGUGGGUCUCUGUACGCAAUCGCGCCAGCAUUCGACAGGUCGUCAUGCUGAUGGUCCCUGGCCUGGAGCUGGGCAUGUUCAAUGGCAAAGUUCCCUUGGACUCAGCGACAGCUAUGGACGUAGACAAGCCGGCUGUGGACCAACAGCCUGCUGAUACUGCACUCAAGGCUGAGGAAAUCACCUCCGCAGAUAUGGACAAGCCCAAAUUUUUGCGCAUCGCAGACGACGAGUACUACCCAGCAAGCCUGAAGCCGAGCAGACUGCCGGACGCAUUGAAGCCACUAGCUGAUAUCUUUGAGCAUGUUUGGCCGAUCAAGGCGCAAGGCGAACAUCGCGGUAAUCAGUUCAUUAGGGUGCAUUCGCCGAUUCACACCAUGCUAACCUCGCAAAUCCCGAGAACGAAGGAGGAGAAGCAGAUGAAGAAGAACGGUGGCCACAAAGGACCAAUGCCACAAAACUCGAAACAUUGGGACAACAAACGCACACCAAUCACCGAGUACGUCGCGACUCUAGCAGAGCAACAGGAGAACGAAUACAUCCUUCAUCCAGCCUGGUUCUUGACACAGGAGUCAAAAGCAGCUGCACACAAAGAGAGACAGGCGGCUGGCCAGUCUACAGACGAUGGCUGGGUCGACACCAAUGUUGCAUCUUUGGAAGAUGGCGCUAUGCCCGACAAUGAGAUUGAGCAAGGCAGUGUGACUGCCGGACGCCACAUCAUCUCCGUGGAUUGCGAAAUGUGCAAAGCUGAGAACGAUCAGCUCGUACUGACACGUAUCAGCCUUCUCAACUGGGACGGUAGUGUGGCGAUGGACAAGCUAGUCAAGCCUGAUGUGCCCAUCAAGGAUUACUUGACUCAGUGGUCAGGUAUCACACCAGCUAUGCUCGAGAACGUCACGACCACGUUGGCAGACAUCCAGAAUGAGCUACUGGAGCUUAUUACCCCACACACGAUCCUCAUAGGGCACUCAUUAAAUUCAGAUCUUAACGCGAUGAAGCUCACGCACCCCUUCAUCAUCGACACGGGCAUCCUGUUUCCCCAUCCUCGUGGACCGCCAUAUAAGCAAUCGCUCAAGUGGCUUGCUCAGAAGUACCUGCACCGAGAGGUUCAGAAGGGCUCCAGUGGCCACGAUAGCGUCGAGGACUCGAAGACAUGUCUUGACUUGGUGAAGCAGAAAUGCGAGAGAGGACCCAAGUGGGGAUCUGGCGACACCAACGCGGAGUCCAUCUUCAAGAGACUGGGACGUACCCCACGGCCCAAGGCAAACGAGACCCGUGCGGGAGUUGUCAUCGAUUGGGGUGAGCCACAACGCGGACAUGGUGGUCAGGCGCAGCUCUCGAAAGGAUGCAAGACAGACGAACAGGUCAUCGAAGCUAUCGAUACAGCUCUCAAAGGAGCAAUGGAGGAUCGUGACGGCGCCGCUGCCAAGGUCGACUUCAUCUGGGCUCGUCUUCGCGAGUUGGAGCUCGCACGUGGUUGGUGGGAUGACACAAAGACCGCGGAUGUGGAACUGAUUCGACAAAACGCUUUGCAGAGACUUGGACUCGUGAAAGAUGGCGAUGACGAAGUCGAGGUCAAGUGCUCUGAGCUCGGUGGCGCUGUUUCGAGAGCUGUCGACCACAUCACUCGGAUCUACGACUCAUUACCACGCUGCACAGCCCUCAUUGUGUACAGUGGCACAGGCGACCCUAGAGAGAUUCGCCGUCUGCAAGCAAUGCAACAGCAGUAUCGCCGCGAGUAUGCCACCAAGAAUUGGGACAAUUUGAGCGUGAAGUGGACGGAUACCGAGGUGCAGGCCCUCUCACAGGCCUGUCAGGACGCCCGCAACGGCGUUGGAUUUAUCGUGGUCAAGUGAGAUGCAAGUAUUUGUGUUCUCGCGUGUGCAACGCGUGUAGUAACACAUGGGUUUCAUGCUGAGCAUUUGCGCUAAAGCAGGCGCUUGCCAUACAGCCUGCAUCGCAUAUGGGGCAAUCUCAUCCGCCCAUAGUUGUAAAAUCUUUGGGUGGUGUUUUACCUUGUAAAGUAUAUCGACUAGCUCCAUGCGUCGCGGCUAUGAUGCCCAUACAUCGCAAUAUUGGUCGCGCCUAGCGCAUAUGCGAGAAGCGCAGGACGAAUGCAUCCUCCAGCCAAUGCAGAUCUUCUACCUAUACCGCGCAUUGCGCAUUGUAAUUGCACAUGCAGUUGUUGUCCCUUG